AUGGGACGAGGGAGGCCGAAAAAACCGGUUCCACCGCCGCCAGCCUCAGCACUGCAACCGACUCCGAUUAGUAAGACGGUAACUAGCGAAACUGUGAACCACCAAGCUAGCACUAGUUCUACUCCGGUUGUGGUUGGUGAGAAAACCCCCAGUGCUUCCACUAACCCUAAGAAGGAGGUAAUUCCGCCGAAUUCUGAGGUUAGGAAGUUAUGGGUGGAUGUUCUCAAAGACAAUCGCAAUCCUGCAAAAGGUAGAUCUAUGCAGUUUAUAGCUCCCAAGCUUAUCGAUGGUAAUGUUGAAGUGGAAAUUGAAGUGGAAGAUAUAGAAUCUGAGCUCGAUUUUUGGUCUUCUGCGUUGAUUUUGUAUGUAAUAGGUGGAGAACUUAGUAUGAAUGCGCUAAAGAACUUCAUGACCAGGACUUGGAACUUCGUUCAACUCCCUGAUAUGUACUACAAUGAUGAGGGUUUCUUUAUCCUCAGAUUCAGAUCCUUCAGUGAUAGGGAUGAUGUUCUAAUGAAGGGACCAUAUACCAUUAGGAACAUGCCGGUUCUAAUCAGGGAAUGGAAUCCUGAUUUUAAGCUGAAGGACGAUUUCUUGCGCACCUUGCCUAUCUGGAUUAAGCUCCCACAAUUGCCUCUUUACCUGUGGGGUGAAAGAAGCCUAAACAAGAUUGGAAGUGCACUGGGAAUUCCUUUGGUUACGGAUGAAUGUACCGCCAAUAAACUCAGAGUUUCAUAUGCCAGGAUUCUAGUUGAAAUGGAUAUCACCAAAGAACUCCCAGCAGAGAUUACGAUUCGUGAUAGAGAUGGGAAUAAGUUGCAACAAGCUAUUGAAUAUGAAUGGAAACCGUUAUAUUGCAAUAGAUGUCAUAAACCUGGGCAUAACUGUGACCAACCUAAGCCAAAGGUCAAGCAGUGGAAACCUAAAUCUAAACCUGUUGAAACUGAUAAGACUGAGUCUCAGAUGGUGGUUGAAGAAACUAGUAAGGGAGUAACCACUACUAGGAUGGAACCAGAGAUGAAGGAAAAAUCAGAUACAAAGGUGGAAUCUAAGUGGACUGAAGUGAACAAAAGCACCAAAGACAGAGGUAAGAAACCUAUGGUUGAAAAUAACUCUGCUAUCCUAACUUGUACAAAUGGUUUUGAUGCAUUGCAAGUUUUGAAUGACUUGCAAAUGCUGAAGGAAACUGGAUAA